AUGCAGAACAUCAGGGAGAAGCUGAAGCGGAAGCUGUCGAUGCACGACAAGAACCCCAACCUUGACGAGGUCGAGACCGAAGACGACGUCGACGAUGAGACGGCAGGCCACUUGCAGAGGGAGAUCGACAAGGCUGAGCGUGAAGGCCACCCUGAGGGUAAGCCGGGUAGUUUCCUCAACAAGCUCAUCUCGCAUGGCAACAAGAAGACGGAGGAGCAGUUGCAGAGGGAACGUGAUCUGUCCAGCGAGAACAAGUAG